GGACGACUGACACCAUCAGAAGAAGGCGUGAGGGGAACGAGCAGAACUCAGUGAAUCUACUUUAGACCGUCACACUGAAUUGGCGCCACUGUGCGCUCGCGCGGUCACUUCGUUCUCUCCUCGUGUUGAGCACGCCCAGACAAACGCACUGGGGAGGAACCGAUGAAGCAGACACAUGCUUUCUAAAUCCCAAACCUGGCGGGAUACAGAAGAGUGAAGCUCACACUUAGUGUGAGAUGACCAUGAAACUGGAGUUACCGCGCGCUCUGCCAUGCUGAGCAUCUCCGUCACUCUCCUGCUGGCGCUCACCGCUCCUGUCCGCUGCUCACACAGCUGGAGUGACGAAGAUCUCCUGCUUCCACCCAUCAACUCUUCCAGCAGAUUCCUGGCCAGCCUGGAGGUGGAUGUGGGCUAUUCGAAGAGAUCCGUGGAGGAGCCUGAAGCCUCGUCGCAGUGCAAUGUGAGUGUGGAGAGACUCCCCACCAAACUCGUGGCGCGUUGGGACAGCAACUUCGGCUUCCAGUGCGACGUGCUGAUUUACACCACCAACAACCAUGGCAAGGCGUUCUUCUCCGCCGCAUUCAACCGCGCGAUCUCCCCGGUGUACAUCGAGCACCUGGGCGUCACGGGCGGCCAGCAAGAGUUCAGACUCUGCGUCGGAUGCGGACUGUCCAGAUACAGGAGAUUCAGGCGAGGCAGGUCAGAAGGUCAACAGAUGGGCGACUCCGUCCAUUUCUGCUGUCUGGAUUUCGCUCUGGAUGAGCUGAAGGGGGACAGGAGCUGGAGACUCAACCGCAAACCCAUCGAGUCAACUCUCGUGGCUUGUUUCAUGACUUUAGUCAUAAUAAUAUGGAGCGUCGCUGCCCUCAUAUGGCCGGUUCCCAUUAUCGCGGGAUUUUUGCCCAAUGGUAUGGAGCAGAGAAGGCCGAGGUAAUAGAAUAGAAUAGAAUAUUUUUUGUAUAAUAAAUGAAACCUGUUAAAUUUCUUGCCAACUUGCCAUUACUGUUACAUUGACAAAUAUGUAAUAGGCCUGCAUUUGCUUAAAUAGUGCUAUUCUUAUUUCAGAUGUAUAUAAUAUUUCCGGAUGGAUUAACAUAUUUUAUUAGAUUCGAUUAGUUUUUAUAAAUCCAUUGUUAUAGGAAGUAUAGCCUACAUUAUGUGAUAUGAUUGUCAUUUCAAAUGUUUGUUAUGUUUUUACCUUAAUAUUUAUGACUGAUUUCUAGUGUGUAUAGCCUUAAAAAUGGAGAACAAUGUCUCAGGAAAAAAAGCUCUUAUAGAAUGUGUGUCAAGACAUUUGGCAGUUUCUUGACUCUUAUUUAGUUGAUAUAUUAUUGAGAAAACAGAUGCAGCGAUAUUGAUAUUGUCACAAUUUCUUUUAAAUG